AUAGGAACUCAUAUAUAUAUAUAAAUAUAUUUAUAUAAGUAUUUGAUUAUAGAGUUGUAGUUGAAAAAUUAUUUAAUAGAUAGUAAACUUCAACAAAAACAUGUCAUAUUUCCCAACUAUCAAAGAAUUACCACCUGAUCCAUUAUUCGGAUUAAAAGCUAGAUAUAAUGCAGAUCCUAGAACCGAAAAAGUGGAUUUAGGUAUUGGAGCAUAUCGUGAUAAUUCAGGAAAACCAUGGAUUUUACCAGCUGUUAAACAAGCAGAAGCUAAAUUAAUUGGUAGUGCUGAUUAUAAUCAUGAAUAUUUAUCAAUUAGUGGAUUUGAACCAUUUUUAAAACAAGCAGCUAAAGUUAUCUUAGGAGAUAAUUCUAAAGCUCUUUCAGAAAAUCGUGUUGUUAGUCAACAAUCUUUAUCAGGAACAGGAGCUCUUCAUGUAGCUGGUGUAUUCUUAAAGGAAUUUUAUAAUGGUCAAAAGACUAUUUACUUAUCUAAACCAACUUGGGCUAAUCAUAAACAAAUUUUUGAGAACCUUGGCUUAGAAGUUGCCAAUUAUCCAUAUUGGAAUAAUGAUACAAAAUCUCUUGAUUUGAAAGGAUUUUUAGAUACUAUUAAGUCUGCUCCAACUGGUUCAAUCUUUUUACUUCAUGCUUGUGCUCACAAUCCAACAGGUUUAGAUCCAACUCAAGAUGAAUGGAAACAAUUAUUACAUGAAUUAGAUAUUAAGAAACAUGUUGUCAUUUUUGAUAGUGCUUAUCAAGGAUUUGCUAGUGGAAAUUUAGAAAAAGAUGCAUUUUCAAUUAGAUAUGCUAUAGAUCAAUCAAUUAUUAAAACUCCUAUUGUUAUUUGUCAAUCAUUUGCUAAAAAUUGUGGUAUGUAUGGUGAAAGAGUAGGUGCAAUUCAUAUUAUUCCAGGUGUGGAACCAAAUGAAUCAUUAAAUAAAGCUAUUAAAUCUCAAUUAAAUAAAAUUAUUAGAUCAGAAAUUUCUAAUCCUCCAGCUUAUGGUUCAAAGAUUGUUUCAACUAUUUUAAAUGAUCCAACUCUUCGUAAACAAUGGGAAGAUGAUUUAGUUACUAUGAGUUCAAGAAUUAUUAAAAUGAGAUAUAAAUUACGUGAUUUACUUAGUGGUGAAUUACAAACUCCUGGAAAUUGGGAUCAUAUUACCAAUCAAACUGGUAUGUUUUCAUUUACAGGUUUAACUCCAGAUAUGGUAGGUAGAUUAGAAAAGGUUCAUGCUAUCUACUUGGUUAGUAGUGGUAGAGCUAGUGUUGCUGGAUUAAACGAUAAUAAUGUUGAAAAAGUAGCUAAGGCAAUUGAUGAAGUUGUUAGAUUUUAUUCCAAACCUAAAUUAUAGACAAAAUAAUAAAAUUAGUUACUUUGUAAAGAUUUUUAUAUUUUUAUGUUUUUAUGUUUCCUUUUCUCUUUGCUAAAUCUUAUGUUUUAAUAUAAUGACUACAUUUUUACUUUAAA